AGUCUUGAAAAAGGAAAAGAUAAAUUAGAAAAACAAAAAGCAAUCUAACAUUGAGACCCCAUCUAACAUAUAUAACAUGCUUCAAUAUAUAUCUCCGUAUAUAGUUAUAAUUCACUUCUGUCCAUUUUUAACACCUUCAUCAAGCUUCUCUGAUUCAAUCAUUCAAGGGUGUAGAAGAAAUGGCAAGUGAGGCACCAAGUUGGGCUGAUCAAUGGGGUGCUGGUGGCUUUGGUGCAAUGGAAGAUGACAACACUAAAUCUCAAAAUGAUGCAAAGAUGAAGAACUCAGGUGGUAAAGGUGGUUUAAGCAAAGCUAGAGCAACUGCAUCAAACUGUGUAAAGUGGUUCAAAAGUUUGUGCAAGAGAAAGACACCAACUAAGCAACUGGGUUAAUGGGAGGACAUUUUGGUGUUCCUUUUUUUCUUAAUUCAUCACUAUAGCAUAGAAUAACAUGUAUUAUUAGUUUUGUAUUUUUCUUCCAAUUUUAGUUUUGAUCGAUUCAGAUGUUUUAUUUUAUUUCUUUUUCCAAUAAAAACCGGAUAUUCUGAACG